AUGCAGCGGCUGGACCAGUACACUUCAGUGAAGAUACUAGGCGAGGGGUCGUUUGGCAAAGUCAAGCUGGCAGUCCACCAGGCAAGCGGGAGGCAGGUGGCGUUGAAGAUUAUACCGCGACGGAAGCUAUUGUCGAGGGAUAUGGUUGGGCGGGUUGAUCGGGAAAUACAGUAUUUGCAGCUCUUGCGGCAUCCGCAUAUUAUAAAGCUGUAUACUGUGAUAGCCACAAAAGUCGAUAUUGUGAUGGUGCUCGAAUAUGCAGAGCGGGAACUAUUCGACUACCUAGUGAAACGUGGGCGGUGCAAUGACGAGGAGGCACGCAAGUUCUUUCAACAAAUAAUCUGCGCUGUCGAAUACUGCCAUCGGCACAAGAUCGUGCAUCGGGACCUAAAGCCGGAGAACCUGCUCAUCGACAAAGACAAGAAUGUCAAAAUUGCCGAUUUCGGACUGAGCAAUAUCAUGACGGACGGGAACUUUUUGAAGACGAGCUGCGGGAGUCCAAACUACGCUGCUCCCGAAGUUAUAUCAGGGAAACUGUAUGCGGGGCCGGAGGUGGAUGUCUGGAGCUGUGGUGUUAUUCUCUAUGUGUUGCUCGUGGGCAAGCUCCCGUUUGACGACGACUACAUUCCCGCGCUAUUCAAGAAAAUUGCUGCAGGAAAUUUCCACAUGCCUUCUUACAUCUCGACUGGUGCUGCACGGUUGAUACGUGCCAUGUUACAAGUACAUCCGGUCCAAAGAAUUACCAUUCCAGAAAUCCGUCAAGAUCCCUGGUUUCUCAAGAAUCUCCCCAAAUAUCUUCAACCCCCCGCAGAGGAGUGGGUUGGCACAGGAGCAAAUCCCAACAGCACUUUUGAUCCCCGCAGGAUAGCGCCAGGACGAACCAUUGCUGUGCAGGAGAAAAUCCAGCAGAUUGCGAUUAGCAAGCUUCAGAAGAGAAUGGGUGUUGACAGAGAGGACAUAUACGAUGCGUUGAAAAAGCCGGAGCCCAGUGUGAUUAAGGACGCAUUCUUCAUCGUGGUGGAAAAUGAGAUGAUGCAAACAAAUUCUCCUACCGACUCUGAAGAAUUAUCCACGGGCUCCCCCGUUGCUACAGAUACAGCGCCUACUCCUGGUGGUACAUCAACUCGUAGUGCCAAAAGUACACCUGCCACACCUCUUGCUCUUCAUCGAUCCCAAGCAUCUUCCUCGACAGUUGACGCAUCAACGCCAACACCAGCAUUCACUAUGAAUGAAGUCGAAGAGGAGCGUGUGAGCCAUGUACGAAUCCUACCGACAAGCCUACCAUACGUUCACGAUCAAAUAAUGGCCCAACGCGAGAGGGAGCGACAUUCCCGCGACAGCGGAGAGUCCAUGGAGGAUUCGCGAGGGCGACCUCAGUUUCAAGACAACAGCGCUGAGUGCGACCCUGACAACCACAAGGAGAGGUCACCAGAAGAGCAAGCUGCAACUGUACGAGCUCUCAAGCCUCAUGCGCGCAGCAUUGUUGAUCUGGAGAAGCUCAGUUUGGAGCCACCGGAAAGUCUGGAGAAAAUACCAUCGCAACCGAAGAGAUCGCGCAAGUGGCAGUUUGGCAUUCGAUCGCGGAACCAGCCGUAUGAAGCUAUGCUUUGUCUAUACAAGGCUAUCAAAGGGCAGGGUGGGGUUUGGGAAAUCCAGCCCGCUGAAGCAGUUAUAUUGGCGAACAAUUUCAUGGUCGAUUUUAAGUGCGAUGGGUAUCAGAAUGUGAUACGUGUUGAGAAUGAGGAUGGUGGUGGUGGUGGUGGUGGUGGUGAGUGGAAGCCUACCAGCAAGCGGAUUCGGAAUCGGGAGAAGGAGGUUACCAGUCCCUAUCCGUUCCUGGAUGUUGCGUCGGACCUUGUUGCACAGUUGGCUGUUGCGAGUUGA